CGCUUUUGAUGGAAUAUGGGGAAAUAUCGGUCCAAGAGCGGCUGCAUGACCUGCCGACAGCGGCGAGUGAAAUGUGAUGAGAUGCAUCCAACUUGCGGACAAUGCGGCAAGAAAAAUCGGGAUUGUCGAUGGGAACCGGCCCACUCAAGGUUUCGAAGCCAGCAACUUGGUAGCACGAAUAGAAGUAGUGCUGGUGGCUCAUCCAGCACCACGCCGGUGGCGACAGAAGGCAAUGAAGAAAUAGGCGUAGAUGAGGAAGAUGCUCAUUUCGGACCAACUGCCAGCUCAUCGGCGGUAAUCGCGUCCUCGCCGGCGCAGAGCAGUCUCAGCGAUGGGAUUAACCGGAUCCACAGGGAAGGGGUGCAUCCAUCGUCCACCUCUGAAGUUGACAUAUCAACCUUUGAGCAGAAGCUUACCGGGAAAGCGCCGCAAGCUCUGCAGCAAGACUCAAUCCCACCUUUUCGGUCACAGUUAACGUCUCCGACAUCUUCACGAAGCAGUGGCCAAACACCAAUACCCGUUCAUGCUUCCCACACACUCCCUUUCAGAGAACCGAUAGACGUAACUCACCACGAGGCUCGUCUGAUCCAUCACUACGCACAGCAUCUCGGCAGCUGGCUAGACGGCAUGUGUCCAGCCCGACAAUUCACAUUGAGAAUCCCACGGGAUGUCAAAAACAGCCCUAUUCUUCUGCAAGCUACUCUUUGCUUCGCAGCGCAUCACGCCAAAGACGAGCUUCUGGCGAAGUCGGCAUACCAGCGUUGCAUAUCUCUUCUUAUCGAACAUCUGAACUUAGAGGCUAUAACUUACGAUGAUACAACACUAUGUGCCAUCGUAAUUUUGCGAUUUUAUGAGCAACUGAACGUUCCCCCGAAGUCUGGAUCAGACAGUGCGCAGCACCUGGCAGGCAGUGCCGCAAUACUUCGCGCAUCUCAGAAAACCGAAAUUGAUCCGACAGCAGCCACUUUACGAGAGGCGUCCUUCUGGGUUUAUGUACGCCAAUGUCUAUACAACUCUACUAUCGACCAACAACCGCCCAACCUCGAUUUUACGCUUCGUAUUGAACCUCAUCCUGUCUCCUUGCAAGACCAUCAUCCUUUGGCUCAACUGAGAUUAGAGACGGCAUGGUCAAACCUGAUAACAUGGCAUUGCGCUUGCAUAACUAAUUUCUGCUUCGAUGAUACAUCAGAUCGUACUCUGAGGAAGGAAAAAUGGGAUCGUCUGUGGAAUGAUGUGCAAUUAUGGCAUCGCCAUCGACCAUCAAGCUUUGAUCCAAUAUGGUCCGGCCACGAUUCUAGCCAAAGUCGUUUUCCACUUAUCUACUUCACGGCUGAUUGGCACGUCGUUUCAUUUGGUUACUAUCACGUCUGCUGCAUGCUACUAUUGGCGUUCAAACCGGGUCCCAGGUUCAUCCUAAAAAAUGUCCGAGCAAAGCCCUCUGAAAAUGAGUUACAGAUACUCGAGCAUGCCUACGCGUUAUGUGGCUCGUGCAAAAGCUCACCCAAAACUGUCCCGUCAUUGAUCACACUCUGCCAUACAGUUUUUAUCUGGGCACCUCUUUUCACCGAUUCGAGGGAGCAAACUGAGCUCGUUGAGAUACUUUCAGAGUUCGAGAGAGAUCAGACCUGGCCGACUACAUGGAUCAUCGAUGCGUUAAAUUCCGAAUGGGGGGUUGAAUAG